UGCAAAAAAUGGUUUUAUUCACCACAGAUAUUCUUCUGAAUUAAAAGUAGAUUCUUCCUUCAUCACAGCAGAGUGUCGCAGAAAUACAAAAUUUAUUGAUCAUCUGUGAGAAGUACACACACAUACAGUAAUACACAUUUGGGCUCUAUGUAUGCAUGUAUGUGGUUUCCAUCUAUCCCUGUGGCUCUCAUCACCUUUCCUUUCCCCUCCUCCUCCUCCUCCUCCUUUUCCUCUUCCUACAUCUCCACACACCCCCAAAACACCCCAAUCAUCCUGCAUCAACAGGCAUGUGAACCCAGUGUUCAGUUCAUCUCUCUCUCUCUCUCCCUCUCUCUCUCUCAGCCUGCUCUAUUUUCAUCUGUGUGCUUCCACUCUCCUAGCUUUCGGGUAAUUACCUGGCAUUUGCAUUGCAAAGUCCCCUGUGCCGCCCUCAGCUCCUCCGCAGGUGAUUGAGCUUCAUUUCCCCAGCAGAUAAGAGAGAGAGAGAAAGAGGAAGAGAGAGAGAGAGGAAAGGGGGAUUGCAGCAGGGUGUGAUGUUAUUCUGGCGUAGAGGAUGCAGGAACAAUGCCCUGAAUUCUUUGUUACCGGUAGAUUGGUUGGUUCAAAGCGUAGACAAGACGUUCCCACACUUAAAUAAUCAUCCUCAUUACUAUCACAUCACUUGGUCAGACUGUCAUGGAAAUAAAAUCUGGCAACUGUAGAAUCACUUGUGUGUGACCUGACCAGUGCAUCACUGUGACAUUUUUCAUAUUAUUUUUGCCUUUAUUCAACAGGUUACAGUAGAGAAUCAGAAAAUGUGAAGGCGGAGUGAGAAAGGGUUGACGUGCACCUUUCUUGCAUGUCAAUCAAGAACAUUGCAGUUAUGUGGUACGUGUCUUCAACCGCUAGGCCGACAUGAUUUCACACUCUUGGUUACUCCUGUUUAGGGCUGCAACAAAAAUGGGAUUUCAUCAUUGUGUGGUCCACAAUAGUGGGAAAACAUCCAUCAGAGUCCACAAUGACAUCUUAAAGUGUAGAGUUUUGUCCGACCGACAGUCCUGAGCCUAAAAAUGUAUAGUUUACAGUGAUGUAAAAACAGACAAAAGCAGCAAAUUCUGACCCCGGAGAAGCUAGAGCCAGAGAAUGUGUGGAGUUUUUGUUGGUGAAAAUGGUUUAAACAAUUAAUUGAUUAUCAAAACUGUUGCUGUUUCAUUUUCUGUCUAUCGACUAAUCGUUUCAGCUCUCAUCUUUAUUGUCCAUGGAUUCUACAUCACAUCUGUAACAAAAUGUAAGUCACGUCCAGCUUUUGGUGACUGAGACACCUCCUGGACAUGAAUAUUCAGUAUUACACUUUGACAAUACCCUAGACCGGGUAACUUAUACCAGGUAACUAUUUUAGUGAUGAAAUAACAGAUAUAACCCAGCUCACCUGCUCAUGAUUUGUAAAGCACAGCCUCUCCAAACAUGUCCCAUUGUAACUGUAAGCAUCUUAUCACAAUACAGUUUUUGGACUUAAAAAAAAGAUAUAGAGACCAGAGAAAGAUGUGUUUAAAUUUCUUAUGGGAUGGUUUCUAUCAAUCUCUUAAUCAAUCAUACUGAUGCCUUUGGAGAGGAAAGCAUCAUAUGGUCAGUGCUGAGUGCCAGACUGAAUGAACUGUCUCUAUAGGAACAUGAUCACUGUUCUCUUCACAGCUGAUUUUCAACAUUCAAGGAUAAAGCAGUAUUUUUUUAAAACAGCGGAGUCUUGAAGAUUAAGCCCAAACACACAUUCCUUGAUGUAAAAUGAACCAUAAAGGGAAACCUACUCAUCCAUACAUCCACACUCAAACUCCACCAGAAGCACCUCCCACAGAAUGAGAGCUGAUAAUUGGCGAGAGCUCAUUUGCAUGCUGAACGGCGUGGAUAUUUAUUUAAAUUUAAUUUCGUUCCCGCACACGGUGCACUGUAGGCUUUUGUGCCAAAGUCAUAUUAACCCCUUGACUAGUUAAUAUGCAGUGCACGACGUUGCCCACGCACGAUGAAUAUUCAUAUUGAUGGCGUUUUCGCCGCCGUCUCUCCACCACUCCCCCCCGUCGUGAACGCAACAGCGUGGUGCAAUGGAGGCAUCCCGGAAGACUCAGCCACAUACACUAAUACACCCAAACACUAAUACACACAGUUUGGCUCCUUGUUGCCUCUGUGUCGAUCGCUGCCGCUGAUACAAUGGCUGAUAAGACUCAGCUGCCGAGCAGAGACCGCGCUCUGAAAGGAAGGGAGGAGAAAAUGGUCGUGGCAGACAAGCAUGCAGUCAGUGGGAAUCCCACUGUGGAGCCUUUUCCAGAAGGCAUGGAGACCAUCAUGUUUGGUAUGGGCUGUUUCUGGGGAGCAGAGAGACUUUUCUGGCGGCUUUCUGGGGUCUUCUCCACACAAGUGGGCUACGCCGGCGGCUUUACACCCAAUCCAAGCUAUGAGGAGGUCUGCACAGGUCUGACAGGUCACACUGAGGUGGUGAGGGUGGUCUUCUCCCCUGAAGACAUCAGCCUUGAGAAGCUGCUCAACCGCUUUUGGGAGAGCCACGAUCCCACACAAGGUAUGAGGCAGCACAAUGACCACGGUACUCAGUAUCGUUCAGCCAUUUACACAUCCAGCCCCACUCAACAGGAGCUUGCGCUGAAGAGCAAAGUGGCCUUCCAGCAGGAGUUGGAUAAAAAAGGCUAUGGUGCUAUCACAACUGAGAUCCUGGAGGGGCAGCAGUUUUACUACGCUGAGGACUACCACCAGCAGUACCUGAAGAAGGUACCCAAAGGCUACUGUGGUCUCAAAGGCACUGGCAUCUCCUGUCCCCUUGGAGCCAACAAGGACGAACUGUGAGGAUCUGCAGUGAGAAAGACAAGGGUCAGUUGAGGAUUUUGUAAACAUACAUGUCAUCAUUUACUGUUCUUAAUCUUUUAUCUUCUUUUUAAAACUAUCUGAUACACUUCAAAUAUAUAUUUUCAGUGUAUCUGUUAGUAUUUUUAACCCUAAACUAUAUUAAUCAAAUAUCAUAUUAAUCAAAGCCUCAGGGAAUUUUCUGGUCAAAGCUUCAAUAAGUCUUUGCUUCCUGUAAGUUAUGUAGAAUACAUACAGUUUUGUAGUGGGGCUGGAGGAACCUUUUUUAAAAGAAGAAAGCAAUUCAAAGCGAUUUGUGUGAUAUAAAAUAUAUUAGCAAUAUUUAAAAGAAUGAUAAAAUGAGGUAAAUGAAAAAAAUGCUAGAAUUAAGUUGAAUUGCAGUAGCACUUAGCUGCCAUAGGGUGGCGACGUUUCUCAAAAAAAUAGCAGCUCCAACAGAAUGGUUUUUUUUUUUUAUGUGACCUAUUGUAGCAAAGAAACCAUGUGAAAUCAUUGUCUUCCACAGUUGGUUGAUUGGAAGAAAAAUCAAUGGUUUUCAUGUCCAUUUUAAAGCCAGAACACUGUGACGGAGCUCACUGUUCACUGACUAGUGUCAGAGUAACAGUUCUUAAGAUUUCUUAAAUGCAGACUUUACUGUGAUCAUAUGAAUUUAUUAAGUAGCUUAGUAAAAGGAAAAUACAUUAAUACCAGCUUGACUUUAAUGCAGUCUCUUUUUUCAUUUUACUAUAAAUAAGUCAUGUGCAUGAAUUUCCUUCAGUCAAAACAGACUGAAAACAUUUUAUUACUGCCUCACAUUGGAAAUAAUAAAAUAUAUUCUCUCUUUAA